CGGCAGCCCAUUCCCUGGUAAAGCCUGCACCCUGGUUUUCGGCUCCCGAUUGGUUUCUGUUCCAGCUUCCUCUGGGGAGAGGAAGCGCUCACAGGCCUGUGGACAGAGGACACAGGGGCCGUCCCCGCCUGACCGCCACAGCAGCCUCCUGGACAGGGUUCUCCUGGGAGCCCGGGGCAGCCCAGGCCUCCCUCCAGGGGCACAGGCUCCCAGCAGGGGCUCUGCCCUCACCGCUGCCCGCUCUCCCUGUGCCCACAGUGAGCCCUCCAGGUGCCUGGCCUGGGCUGGGGCUCUGCUGAGCCUCCCCCUGCCCUGUCCUUCCACCCUGCUGUCCACGCAGCAGCCAGAGCGGCCAGGCUGCUCCCUGGGGGUGUGAUCGGCCCGCACGUGGGCCGGAGCCGGGCGGCGCCGUCUUCUCUGGAAGUCCCCGCGGUGUGAGCUCGGAGUGUGUGUUUCCAGUGAGGUCUGAUGGGAAAAUGGAGCAAGCACCCUCCCCCUUCUGCCCUUAUCUUUUCCGUCUCCAUGGUGACUCACCACUGCCUGCUGCCUGCAUCCCAGCCUCUGCCAGGGACUCAGAGCCCGGCCGGUCCCUCCCUCCGCUGGGCUUGUUCCCGCACCCUGCCUCCUCCCCGGCGAGUCCAGAGACAGCUCCUCUUUCCACCGACCUCACAUCCAGUUCUCAGCUCUGGCUUGGCUCCUCGACCACCCCCUCCGCCCUCCGCCUGCCUCGCGCUGCCCAUCCAUCCCUACGCGGCCUCACCGUCUCUGGGCCUCUGCCCUCGGCCUCCGGACCAGCCCCACGCCCAGCCGCCCAUGCCCAGGCCCGCCUUCUCACUCAUUUCCUUUUGUCACCGGUUUGGCAAACAGGAGAGAAAGCAGAGCCUCAUGGGAAACAGCGGCAACAGUUGGUCCCUCACGCCGCCCCCCAGGCUGGAGCGGGGCCUGGGGUCCGGGCCCGGGGCGCCCCGGGAGCCGCCCGCCUGCACCCUCUGCUCGGAGAGGCCCCCGCGGGACCGGUGCCCCCCGCGCCGCAGGGGUCGGCGGAGGGGCCUGCGGGGCCUGGAGGAGAAGAUGGGGCGCCUGCUGCGGAGGCCGCCGCCCGCCCUGCAGGAGCGCGGCGCGGGGCCGGAGCCGCUGCUGCUGGCGCGCGUGGGCGCGGGGGGCGGCCCGCUGCUCAGGAUGGGCGCCGUGAGCCGCGGCCUGAAGCACCCGCUGGCCCGCGACACGCCCGUCUGCCUGCUCGCCGUGCUGGGCGCGCCGCGCCCCGGGAAGGCCCUGCUCCUCCGCAGCCUGCUGCAGGCGCUGCCCGGCCCGGUGGGCGCAGGGAGGCAGAGGGCUGGCCGAGCGGAGAGGGCGCCCUGCCGGGGUGCAGAUGGGGCGCCGACAGCCCGGACAGGGGCGUGCGCAUGUGGAGCCAGCCCUUCCUGCUGGGGAAGGAGGGCCAGCAGGUGAGGGAGGCCGGGGGUCCAGGAGGGGAGGGGAGGGGAGAGGAGGAAGGGAGGCAGGCUGCCCUCAGUCUGACCCUGGCACAGGUGGCUGUGUUUCUGGUGGACACUGGGGACGCCAUGAGCCCGGAGCUGAGCCCGGAGACCAGGACCAAGCUGUGCGCCCUCAUCAUGAUGCUGAGCUCCUAUCAGAUCCUCCACACGUCCCGGGAGCUGGAGGACACCGACCUCGAGUGCCUGGAGAUGUUUGUCCACGUGGCUGAGGUGAUGGGCAGGCACUACGGGAUGGUGCCCAUCCAGGUGAGACCUGCUCUGGACUCGUCACGCAGCCCCGGGCCCGCGCGUCGGCUGCUGGCGUCAGGAGCCCUUCUCUUCCAGCGCCUGGACCUCCUCGUCCGAGACUCACCCCACCCCAGCCCGGCCGGGCGGGGGCCCGUGGGGGACGCCCUCCCGAGAUCUGGCAAGUACCCCCGGGUCCGGGAGCUGCUGCGAGGGAGGCAGGCCCGCCGCUGCCUCCUGCCUGCGCCGAGGCCACCGCGGGCCGGCAGAGGCCGCGGGAGCCCGGGCGGUGAGUGUCCGGGCGGCAGAGGCCCCAGCCGCCCUCCUCGUGACCGGCCCCCUCACUGCCAGUGCCCCCCGCCUCGGAGCCCCCUCCUCCCGCAGCCCGUCCUCAGCGAGCGUCCCCGCAGGCCCAGAGGACGCCGCCUGCCCGCUGCGGGCCUACGUCGCCGAGGUGCUGAGCGCGGCCCCCCAGCUCGCCAAGAGCCGCAGCCAGGGCUCCGGGAGCGAGGGGCGCCCCGCGGCCCGGGGGGACGGGCGCCUGCUCACCGGGCAGCAGCUGGCUCAGGAAAUCAAGAACCUCUCGGGCUGGAUGGGGCGGCCGGGGCCCGGCUUCGGCUCUCCGGAGGAGAUGGCCGCCCAGCUGCAGGACCUGCGGACGGUGGAGGCCGCCAAGCAGGAGUUCAAGGAGUUCGUGCGGCAGCAGGACGCGGCCACCAAGCGCAUCUUCUCGGCGCUCCGGGUGCUGCCGGACACCAUGAGGAGCCUGCUGUCGGCGCAGAAGGACGCCGUCCUGGCCCGCCACGCUGCGGCCCUGCGGAGCCCGGGGAGGGCGCGGGCCCUGGAGGCGCUGGAGGCCGAGCUGCAGGCCCAGGCCCGCGCCUUCAUGGACGCCUACACCGUGCGCUUCUGCGGGCACCUGGCCGCCGUGGGCGGGGCCCUGGGCGCCGGGCUCAUGGGCCUGGCGGGCGGCGUGGUGGCCGCCGGAGCCGCGGUGGGGGCCACGGGGGCCGCCGUGGUGGGGGGUGGCGUGGGCGCGGGGCUGGCUGCCGCCCUGGGCUGCCUGGAGGGGGAGGAGGAGGAGCGGCUGCAGGCGGGGGACCGAGAGCCGCUGCUCGGGGCGGAGUGACGGGCCCCAGACAGGAAGAGGAGGGAGGGCGGAGGCGGGAGGGAGGAGGCGGGAGGGAAGGGGGGUUCCCAGGACCCCCGUGGCCCACCCGCCUGAGUGAGUGCCAGAUCCGGGUGGCUGGCUGAGCUGAAGAACCCGGGGCCCAGGAGGGGUCCGGGGCAGGAGCAGGCUGGGUGGUGAGCGGGAGGAAGGGGCUGUUUCGGUUGCAGCAUUGCUCACUGGCCAUUGGCCCAGAUAAGCCUGCCCCGUGUCCCACGCUGUUUGCUCUGGUUCACCCCGGCGGCUGGAAGCUGCGCGAGCUGGACCUCCGGGGCUGGGGGGAGGGCUUGUCCUUUCAGAUGGGGCGGCCUGGUUCAGUGACCUGGUGAGCAGUAUCGGGGAGCACUGAAGGGGGGCUGGGGAGGAGAGAGCAGGGAGGCCCCGUGUCGGGGGCAGUGGAGAAGCCUGUCCCGGGCCUGCUCCCAAGCUGCCAGCAGGACCGGGGGGGUCCCCACUCCUGACCCCCGGGGCGUCGGCAGCGGGCCCGGCGGAGGCCUCCGGGCUGUGCCCUGUCCACACCGCUCAGGUGCCGCGUGCGGAUGCCAUCCCGGCGCCGGGCUGAUGGGCCCCCGAGACCACGUCCGCGCUGGACAGAUGGCCGGCAGCCUCUGCGAGUCCUCACGCUCCGGCCAGGAGCACGCCUCUCCUUGCCCACCGGCCUCGGGAGGACCCUCUGCUCCGAGCCAGCAGGAGGCCUGGUGCAGCCCCACGGGAGCCCGAGGGCCCGGCCCUCCGGCGCCAGGAGGUCCCACAGGAAGACUUGCUUUUGACUGUAAAAAGCCGAUGGGUACGUUAUACACAAAUAAAACGUGUGCU